GUUUACAGUCUAGGUGGGCUCUCGGGGGAACAGGGAGGAGCCAGUGCUGUAUGCUUAUAAAUGGAGUGUGAAAUGAAACAGUAACUGUCAAAUGCCAAAAAAAUGUGAUGCUCUCUUGUAUUUCUGGUGUUCACCCAGUCAAUAGUUUUGUCAGAGUGGGCUUAGUGGAGCCUUGACAACCCAGUGUGUACUUUAUUUAGUGGUAAACCGUAUAAGAAAUCGUCAAGAUGGCCGACUUGGAGGCAGUGCUGGCUGAUGUCAGCUAUUUGAUGGCUAUGGAGAAGAGUAAAUCAACUCCAGCAGCGAGGGCAAGUAAGAAGAUAAUUUUGCCAGACCCCAGCGUGAGGAGCGUGAUGCACAAACACUUGGAAAAGAUGGGCGAGGUCAACUUCGACAAGAUAUUCAGUCAGAAGAUUGGUUACCUUCUCUACAAAGACUUCGUAGAAAACGUGUGUGAGGAUCCUGUCCCUCAGCUCAAGUUUUACGAGGAGAUUAAGGCCUAUGAGAAGAUUGAAAAUAAGGAGGAAAGAAGAAAAGUAGCGAGGGACAUAUACGAUAAUUUUAUAAUGAAGGAAUUAUUAUCUAACUCACAUGCCUAUAAUGAAGAGUCAGUCGCAUAUGUACAAAAACACCUCACCAAAAAUGAAGUUCCAACAGAUCUAUUUGAACCUUACAUAGAGGAGAUAUUUGCACAUUUAAGAGGAGAUUUGUUCAACAGAUAUGUUGAAAGUGAUAAAUAUACCAGAUUCUGUCAGUGGAAAAACUUAGAACUGAAUAUACAGCUGACUAUGAAUGACUUCAGCGUUCACCGAAUCAUUGGACGUGGGGGUUUUGGAGAAGUAUACGGGUGCCGCAAGGCAGAUACGGGCAAGAUGUAUGCCAUGAAGUGUCUUGACAAGAAGAGGAUCAAGAUGAAGCAGGGGGAGACAUUGGCGUUAAAUGAGCGUAUCAUGUUGUCACUAGUCAGUACAGGGAUUGAUUGCCCUUUCAUAGUGUGUAUGACGUAUGCCUUUCAUACUCCUGACAAGUUGUGUUUCAUCUUAGACCUUAUGAAUGGAGGGGACCUGCAUUACCACCUUUCACAGCAUGGUGUUUUCAAUGAGCAAGAGAUGAGAUUCUAUGCUGCUGAAGUUAUAUUAGGGCUAGAGCAUAUGCACCGUCGGUAUAUUGUUUACCGAGAUUUGAAGCCGGCGAAUAUACUUCUAGAUGAGCAUGGCCAUGUCAGGAUAUCAGACUUAGGGUUGGCUUGUGAUUUUUCCAAAAAGAAGCCACAUGCAUCAGUAGGGACUCACGGGUACAUGGCACCAGAGGUGCUGAGCAAGGGUACAGCAUAUGACAGUUCAGCUGACUGGUUCUCCUUUGGGUGCAUGCUGUACAAGCUGCUCAAAGGUCACUCUCCCUUCAGGCAACACAAGACACGAGACAAACAUGAGAUAGACCGCAUGACCCUCACCAUGAACGUCGAGCUUCCUGAAACAUUUACACAAGAGCUUCGAAGUCUAUUAGAAGGUUUACUUCACAGAGAUGUAGAUAAAAGGCUUGGCUGCAAAGGAAGAGGAGCUGAUGAAGUGAAGGAACACCCAUUUUUUGGAGGCCUUGACUGGCAACAAGUUUACCUCCAGAAGUACCAGCCUCCUCUCAUUCCACCCCGAGGAGAGGUCAAUGCAGCGGAUGCUUUUGACAUUGGCUCAUUUGAUGAAGAAGACACUAAGGGCAUUAAGCUUACUGAGGCAGACCAGGAGUUGUACAAAAACUUCCCAUUGGUGAUCAGUGAGCGGUGGCAGACAGAGGUGGCAGAGACUGUGUUUGAGACAGUCAAUCAGGAAGCUGACAAAGUAGAACAUAAACGACGAGCAAAGCAUAAAAUUAAGUUUGAUGAAGAAAAAGAGUCCGACUGUAUAAUUCAUGGGUACAUCAAGAAGCUUGGUGGACCAUUCACUUCAGCAUGGCAGACCCGGUAUGCGAAGCUUUACCCAAACAGAGUUGAACUCCACUCAGAGUCAAGCUCAGGGAAACCAGAACUCAUUUUCAUGGACCAACUAGAUGAUGUGUCCUCAGACUUUGUGCAAAUUAAAGGGGAAAACUGUAUAGUUUUGAAAACCAAAGACAACAAGAUAAUUCUAACAAAUCCUGAUGAAAUUGGUCUGAAGGAGUGGUCAAUAUCUUUACGUUCAGCACACAAAAUGUCUCUGGAGCUGCUGAGCAACAUGGCGAAGAAAGCUGGCAGGAUUUAUGGUACUGAGGGAAACAACAAGCCUUCAUUAAUGGCUCGAAAUGGCAAUGGAAAUUGAGAGAAUAGUGUGAAAUCUUAUGUUAGUGAAGUACCUUGACACAACCAACAGAUUCUCAAAGUAAACAAGCUGUGUUACGGUAUAGACAAAAGUAUUUCCUCUAAGGUGAAAAAUGACAUUUGAGUAACCACAGAGGAGAGAAAACUACCUUGUUACCUUAAGAAAUUGUAGAAAAGUGUGUUUGUGCUGUAUAUUUGUAAGGAUAAAGUAUAUGAGUGUGAAGAAAUAUAAAGCUUCCAUUUCAUGCCCUAUAGAAAAUGGAGGCAAAACUACUGUGACAUACUUGAUUUGAAACGGAAAAAUAAAAUGUGAGAAGACUGCAGGCUACCCUGCCCCAGAAAUGAUUUACUUUGAAAGAAAAUCAUUCCAUCAGAUUUCGUAACGAAGCUGACUCUUACGAAAAUGAUAUUUUGCUAUGAAGCUUAGAAAGAAAACCGCAGAAAUUUCAUCAGAAAUGAGACAGAACUGCAAAACAUACACUAGAAAUAUGAUUGAAUUAACUUGUUUGUUUGACUGCUGGCUUCACUUGGCUUGGUAGUGUUGCAUUGUUGCAGACUGAAAAACUGGAAAACUUAUACUGUAAUCAGAUAUAUGAAUAUGGGAAAGAUAUUGAGAAAUUGUAACUUACUUUCAGCAUCUCCCAUAUUGCUUAUAGUAUCCUAAAAUACACUCAUCAGUCUCAAUUUUAUUUCAGGUAAAUGCACAAAGAUGCAUUAACCUUUGGAAUUUUUUAAAUGUUCACAAGUAUAUUUUUGUGCUAGAUGAUAGAACUGAGUGCUUAGAAUUAAUUGUUUAACUUCCACUGUGAUGAUGUCUUACGUGAGCCUGUCUUUGAAUGAGAUGAAGAAUAAUUUAAUGUGUUGCCAGUGACAACAUGAACAGUAAACCCCUAUGGUGGACCUGUUGCCAGCGUCUGUCGUUGAAACUAAAGAGUCAACUUUGGUGUUGGUAAAAAAAAUAAUAGAAUUUCAAUGUGUGUGCUGUUUGUGUCUCCUUGUGUGUGAAGUUAUUGUGCCAGUGUGAGUGACCUGGAAAACUGUGCAUUAGCUUGUGUAAGAUUUUGCAGCUUUAUUAUAUCUGUAUAUAUUCACAAAAUUUCUCAGUGAAACAUUCGCAAAACUUUCUUGUUGGACUUGGACUUGAAUGCACUAUCUCAUGAAUUUGUAGUCAUGAGACAGAUUAUACCAUAUUGUAUUACUAGACACUGUACUGACAAAUACUGUCUGAUUCUUGCUUUACUAUGAUAUCUCUCAGUACUUAAAUUCUUAAUUCCAUAAAUCUCUGAUAACCAGAAUUCAAGACCUUCUGGUGUUUUCCUGAAGAACUUUUAUCCUCCAGCUUCCCCCGAUUUAUGCUCCCAACCAAUCACCAUGUGGCGUAUCAUUGUCUCUCACUGUAUUUGCUCCCAUCUAACAAAAUCAAAAAAUGGUUUCAAUACUAGCUGAAACGUCAUACACUUGUCGAUAGAAAACAAUGGUCAACUUGUUGAAAACAUGACAUGGGAAAAGUUAACUCCAUCCUCCAACAUUUCUCUAAUGUUGCUGCAACUAUCUAUUAGUAUUUAUUGACCCUACAUUUAAAUAUACAUAUCCUGCACAUUUAUCAUCUACCUAUAUACCAGGCUGGCAUCCUCUGUUUAGGGGGAUAGCCAAGACAAGGCUCCCACAUGUACCCAUAAUGAAACCCACAAACACUCCCUCUUAUUUUAACCUCUAAGCCUCAAAAUGAGAGCAGGCUAAUCCUCAGUCGUGCUGCAUAGCCAGGUCUUUCUGCUCUAAAGCCUGACAUUUGAGCUGCUCCACCAUAACUGACCCAUCUCUUUGAUAUGAUCAGUUGAUUGGAACAGAUGUGAGAAAACUUUCCACUGAGAUCAUCAAAUAUUUGCAGUUACUAUCCAUUCAACACAAUCUCAUUAAUGCACCACUCCUCCAGACUUUUCUUUUAUCUAACACAUCCUUUUCACUGUCUGUUUAUUUAAUUUCUCAUCUUCCCCAUAUUUUUUAUAUCUCACGUUAGGUCCAAUUAUCUUCUUUAACAAUCACACUUUGGAUUUCUCUGCAUCCUCAACCAUGACAGUCUCUAUUCUGUUUAAGCAACUCUCUCUCAGCACCAAUUCUUUUUCAUAGUUUCCCAUUUAUCCUUCAACCCUUACAAAGCUGCUCCACAUGUUCUUCAGACACCUCAUCUCCAUCACUUGUGAUUUCCUCUUUGUUACUCCUGUGCAACAGAAUCAGUACCAGUGCUUCCUUAUAUAGCCUUCUUCCAUUCAUUCCAGUCAAACUACAUCAAAACACACUACUUGCAUUAAUUCUUUACCUACACCUUUAACUGUUUCUUCCAUUCUAAACUUUGCCUCUACCCUUAUUCCUCCAUCUAUAGCAGCAUGCAUUCUAAAUGUGUGAACUACCUCUAACUAAUGUGUCACCUAAAUUCACAUUCAUCCAGCCCAAUCUAAUAUCCUUGUACACUAUUACUCUACUCUUAUUCACUCUUAAUUCUGCCUCCUACACAUUCUCCAUCAUCAAAUACUUAUCUCUCUAUUCUUAUUGCAUCAAUCCCA